AUGACAGCGCCAACCGCCCUGCUUCCAUCACCAGAUAUGCCUGAAUACAGCCCUCUAACUUGCAUAAUAGGAGUGACUGGCAUUGAUAGCCUGAGUCCAAUCUCUCCAGGUGCCAACAACCACAGUUCCCAACAUUCUCAAACGGGAUUGCCGCUCAGUAGUCCACAGAGACUCUGGGCUGCAACGGGUACUCAGUCUUAUACGCACAGUCCGAUGAGCCACGGAGGACAGCCUCCGCUCAUGCAGCAGAGCUACAAUCGCCCAAUCUAUUCCCCCAACUCCACUUAUCGAGGCUCACAAUCUCCAGGGGCAGUAGACAUAUUGGCAGCUUCCACAUACGACAGCAACUCUCCCCCUUAUCAAAUUUCGAUCUCAGGAAAUAACCUCAGCCAUUCUAACAUACUAUCAUCGACCCCGAAUCAAAACCCCUUGCCAAUGAUGACUAGCCAUUCCCAAGGGUCGCAACCCACAGUGCCAUCCACGUCUGCGGGGCCUCCAGACACUUAUUCGCGGCCGCCAACAGCUUCUGGCUACUAUUCGGGAACCCCUUCAUCAACGGCCACAAACACUUCUUAUCCUUCUUUUACCUCUACACAUUCUUCAUCUCCACCCUCAAGUUCGAUAACAACUGGAAGUAUACAUAGGAAUUCCUCGACGCUGAGCCCGCAUCAGCAACAUUCUCCAAUGCAUGGAUUGCCUUAUAGACCCCUUCCUUCUUACACGCUUCCUCCGACAAUGGGAAGCGGAUCGACAGUGGGAGGACCGAUAAUGUCGAACAUGGCGAAUCCCGGAGGACAGAUGACUAUUAUGAAUGGCAUUGGUACAAUGGCACAUGGAUACCAUCCAGCUGGGCACUUGGUCAAUCAGAAUCUUUACACUAGCACCCACCCUAUUCCACAAGAUCGCCCCUAUAGGUGCGAUAUCUGCCCAAUAUCGUUCAACCGGAAUCACGACCUCAAGAGACACAGGCGAAUUCAUGAUGCGAUCAAGCCUUACCCCUGCACCUUUUGCGAAAAAAGCUUUUCUAGAAAGGACGCGCUCAAACGCCAUAGACUGGUAAAGGGGUGCGGGACUAGAAAGACUUCACCAACCGACGACACCGGUAGCUCGCCACGGGAAGAGAUGAAACGCGAUGCAGAAAGACAUAGCAAUAGUUCUGAUUACGUCUUGAAGCAAGAACCGUUGUAA